GUUCAAAACUUGUUAAUGAAUUUAAGAUUCGACAUUGAAGACAACAUGUCAGAAAAUUUCAAGACCCCAGCGAUGGAUCUUCUGAGAAAGUUAUUGCAAAAAGAAUCACCAUUGACAUUACCGACAGAGUCACUGAAAGAGUCAUCGGAAGAGUCAUUGAGAAAGUCACUGAGAGGAACACCGAAAGAGUCACCGAGAGGAACCCCGAGAGAGUCACCGAGAGGAACACCGAGAGAGUCACAGAGAGAAACACCGAGAGAGUCACAGAGAGAAACACCGAGAGAGUCACCGAGAGAGUCACUGACAAAUAAUGAUACAUCGAGAAGAGCACUAAUAACAAGUCCAAGCAUAAAACAAUUAAUAACUUACGUGGAAGAAAACUUGGAGUUCAUAAAUGACAAAGAUUCGGUAAACCAUUAUUUGCAAAGCAAUGAUUUGAAGCUCUGGCCGCUGUUAAGCAUCUUGCGUACGAAUUUCCUCGUACAAAUUGAGCUAGUCAUGUGGUAUGGAAAUAAUAACAAACCUGUGAAUUGGAAAGCGGUUUUAAUUGUAACGGAAGAUAAGAACGUUUACGGUGUGGGCAGUAGAAACGGUCAGUUCAUAUUAAACGAUACAAUUAGUACUCUACAGCCUCAAAAACUAGAAGCUCUGUGUCAACAAAAUAUCAAAACCAUAACAGGUACUGCUGGAAGCUACUUCGUACUGACUGAAGAAGGAAAGGUAUAUUCCUGGGGUGACAAUAAAUUUAACACGUUGGGAUAUGAUACAUCCCGUCUACCCCCCGAUACAUUCGAUGAAAUGGUUAAUAUAAAUAAUUCAUGGUCAAUAACAGUCAAUUACCCUCUUGAAGUGACUGCAUUAUCAGGCGAACGCGUAGUGGACAUUAAAUGCGGUUAUUAUCAUGUUCUCGUGCUCACCGACGAUAAAAAGGUGUAUAGUUGGGGAAGAAAUAAUAGAGGACAAGUUGGUCAUGCUGUUGUUGAAACGGUUCCAAUACCGACGGAAGUCAUAAUUGAGGAUGAGUGGGGUAAAAAGGACAUUCAAAGCAUUUCUUGCGGCCUUGUUUUUAAUAUGGCUGUUACUUGCGACGGCGAACUUUACGGUUGGGGCGAAAAUACGUAUGGUCAGCUUGGACUUGGAAUUAAUGGCGCCAUGAUACAUUUGAAACCGAUGAAAAUCAUGAUAGAUGUUCCAAUAGCGAAAGUAGAAUGCGGAACUGAUCACACGUUGGCGCUUUCUCGGGAAGGUUUGCUCUAUGUCUGGGGUAAAAAUGACCAUGGGCAAUUGGGCAUCGGGAACUGUGUAAACUAUGUAUUUUAUCCCAUUCCGAUAGACACAAGAGAAAUGGGGAAGAUAACGAAUAUCGCCGCUCGAUUCGAUUGCUCGAGAAGUCUGGCAAUUAAUAAAGACGAACGCAUCUACUUUUGGGGUGCAUAUAAAGGCAAACAUUAUUUGAACCCAUCUGAUGUUAACCUUAACAACAUAGAAGUCGCGUUCAUAGGUUCCAGAAGUUUUAUGAAGAUAUACUGUCCUUGCACAAACCUGAUCAAACUGGAGAAACUGUCAUAUGUCAUGUCCCCGGAAUAUUUGGAAACUGCAUUCAACAAUUCCGCAUCCGCCGAUAUUGAAUUAAUUGUGGAUCGACAAUCUUUGUACAUUCAUAAGAUUGUUAUAAUGCUUCGCUGUAAGGAAAUGUAUGCACAAUUUUUCCCGUAUGACACAAACAAUGUCAUCAUGCGAGAUGAUUUCUCUGCUGCUUCAUAUAAAUCCUUCUUAAAAUAUUUAUACACUGGUGUAAUUGACCCAUCUUAUGAAAAUCCAUUAGAGCUGUACGAGUUAGCUACUUUUUACCAACAUCUAAUCUUUAGGGAAAAUUGUAUGGAAAUAAUACACAAAAGGAUUAACAUAUCAAAUGUUAUGCAUUUUUAUGGAGAGGCGAUAUCACUGGAAAUAAAGUCGCUGGAGCAGUUCUGCUUCGAGUAUGCCAUGGAGAAUCUGUCGGCUGUGGUGAGGACAGAAGCUUUUGCUAAAUUAGCAGAAAAGGUGCGAUUGGAUUUUAUAAUUGAAGCAGCUGAUGCUCUGACUUUGAUAUGUUAAUGAAGUCUCGAAAACGAAGUUCUCUUCGUCAUUUAUCGGUUUGUCAGUUCUCUUCAUUAUUUAUUUAAUUAUGCAACUAAGUUUUAGAGCAAAUAAAAAAGUCAGGAUAUUAGGGAUUUGAGAGACAAAAAUAUAUUAUUCGAAAUUAUAUAU